GUAGUUAAUAGACCGUGUAGUGCGCUGUGCAGCGAAAUAAGUUGAAACAUGGAUGUGCCACCACCCAUUCCUAAUUUGAAUGCUGCGAUUUUGGCUGCAGCUCAGAUUCUCGAGGAUCACAUAAAUGCACCAAUUGCACCUGCCUUCAGUGACGAGAGCGACGAUGAUAACUCGGACAGUGGAGAUGAAGAUCUGCCUAUUAUGCUCCAUACGGAAGAGGAAGAGCAUGUUCGAAACAAACACUAUGUGGUUAAUGUUGUAUACUACAUGUCGGACUUGGAUUUUCGAAGACACUUCCGCCUUACCCGGAGUGGAGUAGAGGAGCUGUGCAUGGAAUUGAAAGAAGACGAAAUACAUUCAGAAGGCAGGCCUUCAAUACCAUUCGAGCAUGCAUUACUACUGUCUUUGUGGCUUCUUGCAACCCCCGAAUCAUUUAGAAGUGUAGCAGAUCGGUUCGGCAUUGACCGCGGCCAUGCUCAUGUUCUAUGUCCGAGUAUCUAUCAAAAAAUGUAUGAUCGUCGCAACACUUGGAUAAGACGGCCAAGAGGUGGCUACCAAGGUGGAUAUCCAGAAGAGAAUGAUGCAAGUGCUGAAACAGUUGAGGAAUUAUUGGAAUCCAUGGAUGAGGAGUUGUCUCUCGAAGAUUCUACAGACUUUGAUUACGAGUCUUUUCAUCACAUGGUACGCAAAAAUAAUUGUAAUAAUAUUAAUAAUUGA